AUGGACGGCUCCAACACGAACAGCUCCAACGUCGUGGACAACUUCGACUGGACCCCCGACUUCACUAAUGCCCCUCACAUUGACUUUACCAUUAUGUCGGACGAAGACAAGGCGUUCUUGCGCGAGUUAGGAGAGACGUUGGCCGCAGAGGCCGGCCCGGUGGUCGUCCCCGGCGACAUUCGCACCUUCAUGGGCCUUCCGACUACGGGCGGGGCGACGCCGUAUCAGCCCGCCGAGUAUCAGCCUGAGUCCACGACGCCCCUGUCGGCCAUCCCGACCACCAUUGCGCCCGAGCUGCCCUCGACCGGCCCCUCCCUCGUACACUACCCCGACAACCUCCCAACCAACGGUCCCAUGAUGCCGGAGCCCUUCGGCGUCCACG